AUGCAUCCAUUCACUGCAUACGCGCUUGGGAUAGCCAUUGUUAGCGUCGCGUUGUACGCCAUUGUCGAAGCUGCCACGAAAUACAAUGCGAAGUACAAUCCUCGAGGAUUACCAGGACCAGCUCUUGUGCCAUGGCUAGGCCGCGUCCACGACCUGCCCAUUGACUUCAUGUGGUUGAAGUUUGACGAGUGGGCGAAGAAGUAUGGACCAAUUUACCGGACGAAGAUGUUGGGAGCCAACUUCAUCAUCAUAUCUGAUGAGAAGAUUGCUGAGGACUUAUUGGUCAAGAGAGCUAAGAUAUACUCUGACCGUCCAGAAAUCAAGUCGCUUUUUGAUGCAAAGAGUACCUAUGGUUCGAUGGAGUACCUUCCAUUGAUGGGAAAGAAUCAAUACUGGGCUCGUCAGCGAAAGUUUACGCACGCAUACCUCACUGGAGCUACCAACGACCGUUACUAUGGCAUAAUGGAAUACGAAGCAAAACGAUGGAUGGCAAGACUCGUGGAGAACCCUGAUGAUUUCGCAUUUUCUCUCGAGGACAUGUGCUCCAAGGUCAUGUGCCAGUUGACUUGGGAUGACGAUACGCUCAGUGUUCCCUUGACUCCCAGCGCCUGGGGCCUACUUACCCAGAUGUCACCUGCAGGCCCCCUCACAAACGUACUCACUCCAUUGUGGGACUAUCUUCCAGAGCCCAUCAACCCUUGGAAGUUGAGAGAGCGCAAACGACACGAUGACCAACAGGCUUGGUGGCUGGCCAUCUUACAACAAACGAGGAGCAAGAUGCAAAAGGGCAAGCAGCGAUCUUGCUUCACCAAGACCUAUCUCGAGACGGCUGAGAAGACGAACAUCUCUGGGGACUAUGAGGCAUCUUCCGUUAUUGGGAUGAUGGCUCUGGUUGGUAUCUUCACUGUCGCCGGUCCCUUGUAUUAUUUCUUGGUUGCUAUGGUUCACCAUCCAGAAUGGCAGGUGAAAUGUCAGGAGGAAAUCGAUCGUGUCUGUGGGAAGACGCCACCCUCUCUUGCCGAUUUGCCAAAGCUUCCGGUGCUCCGCGCCUGUAUCAAAGAGACCAUGAGAUGGAAACCGACAGUACCGACAGAUAUAGGUGUCGCACAUGAAUGCGAAGCCGAUGACUGGUUCCGAGGUUAUUUUAUCCCCAAAGGCACACGUAUCCUUCCCUUGGACUAUGCCUUCCUCCGAAAUCCAGCAAAGUACCCAGACCCAGAGCGGUAUCGACCAGAGAGAUGGCUAGAGGCCGGAUGGCCAACGUUUCGCGAGCCGCUCACCAAGUACCCUGAUAUUGUGGGCAUGACGUCGUUUGGAUGGGGUCAACGCCAAUGCCUUGGUAUGUCCAUCACUCGCGAUGAAACUGUCACAGGAUGUGGAGCCUUGAUGUGGGCGUUCAAUCUCAAGAAGAAGGUUGAUCCAGCGACGAUGAAGGAAAUUGAAGUGCCGCUGAACAAGUCCAACUCUUUGCUUAUCAUCAAGCCGGAUCCAUUUGAGAUGGCAUUUGAGCCGCGCAGUGCAGCGCGCAAGGCAGAGGUACUGGAGCAGUGGAGACUAGCAGAAGCAAAGGACCUGGAGGAGCGCGCGGCAUUCCUGAGGCAGUCGGAGAUGAAGGAAAAGGAAAUGCUGAUGUAG